ACAAUACAACUGUUUGUAAACAGAAAGCGACGUAAUAACACAUUCCACAUAAAAUGACGAAUUUCUUCAAUGGCUUUCAACCGCGAUUUAGUGUGCCAGAGGAUAAGCGUAUAGAUACCAAACAAUUUCUGGACGCAGCAAGUAACAUACCUGCUUUCUUUGAUUUGCUAAGCAGUGCCUUCAAGCCCGUGAAAAGCGAUGUUAAUGGAAAUGUUACGAAACUACGAAACAGAUACUUGGAGGAUCCGGAAAAAUUUCGUACCCUCAAUGAUUUGAUCGACUGGGAGCUAGAACUCAUACACCUAAAGUCGCCACCCAAAGUGUCUGUGAUUGAUGCUCUACUGUGGUUAAAGAGGGGUCUUCAGUACAUCAGCGUGCUCCUCGGGGCGAUCGUGAAGGACCACAGAGACGGCCGGCAGAGUGAGCUGAUGAGUGAGCACGCAGCGUCGGCUUACGAACGCACGCUGAAGCCGCACCACAACUGGAUGACGCAGAAGCUGUUUCAGCUGUGUUCGAAGGCCGUGCCGUAUCGCCGGGACUUCCUGAAGGCUGCGUGCUACGGAGAGGAAGCCGACGUGGAGCGGACGAUCGGAGACAUGGAGGCCUUCCUCGCCAACCUCGACAGCAAUCUGGACGUGAUCGCGGAGCUGUACGACAGCGGCAACCUGCACGUCCACCAACGUUAGCGCGGACGCCAGCGGCCAUGGCUGUGGAGGCGGUGGGGGUCGUGGAGGUGGCGGUGGAGGCGGCGUCUCAUUGACCGUACAAGUCGAAAUUGCGCGUAACGGCCGCGGAAGGGAAAUGCCAAGACUGUCCUUUAUAGACAGGUGUCAGUUCGAUAGAGAUGAUUUUACUGUAUAACUGCAUGCCAAGAUUGUCCUUUAUAGAUAGGUGGGACUCUAUACAGGCAAUUUACCUGUAUAACUUCCAAUCAAGGGAAAUGCCAUAAAUGUCCUUUGUAGACAGGCAUCGGUUCGAUAGAAGUGAUUUUACUGUAUGACUGCCAAUGAGGAAAAUGCCAAAUGUCCCUUAUAGACAGGUGUGCACUCUGUAGAGGUGUCCGCUAUCGGAGGUUUUACCAGCGAGUAGUGGGCACAAUGAGCCGUGCAGCUACACUGUACACACGCACCAUAAUAUCAAGAGCGUAUAAAGAAGGAGAGCGUACAACGGUGAAAUGCUGAAACCAUG